GGCGAACGGCUUGGAUUUUCGAUUCGUGUUCCCUCGUCGCUCAAGACUUUUACCGGGCAUCGAACGCAACAGUGCGUCUUCCAUUGCCGCGCUUGGCAGAUUCAAUCCGCCAUGAUGUCGGCAGACCAGAAGGCGUGUGCGAUCGCCUUUGUGAUGCUCACGAGUUCAAUCCACGCCGUCGUUCUCCUCGCCCCGCGCAGCGCGCGCAGGCACCCACGCCUGCACGUACUCAUGUGCAUGAGCUGGGAUGCGCGCGCUGUGGAUAUAACUGGUGCGAGGCGAAUUGGGAUUCUGGUAAUGCAACGAUUCGCUGGGACGAGUAUUGCGGUUGCUGCUGCGGAACCCAAGAGCAGAAACUUUGUGCGAAAGCGUUCUGCUCGCCAUCGCCGCCACUACCGACGUCGGCGCCGACCCGGGCACCGACGCCGGUGACUUCGCCAGCGCCGACGCCCGCACAAUCGGCUCCGCCAACGCCAGCACUGACGCCCGCGCCGACGUCGGCGUUCUAUUCCUAUCUGCUCGUCGAGGUCGCGCGGUCGCCUGGUGAUGCUCGCUCUGGGUGCCCAACUGGAUACGAGUAGGCAAUGCCAAAGUCAGAUGCAGAGCAGGCGGAUGUCUUUACCGUGAUCCAGGGCUUUGGCACAGUGCUCGUAUGGGCUGGCGCCCCAAUGGCGAAUGGAGAGUGAAAGUGUGACGUUGGAUGUUCAAUGGCGUCAUAUAACAAUUGGGGUCGUGGAGAGGGGGUGAUUCUAACCAGCCAUGGUUGUGCGUAUGGUCGUGGGGCGGCAGGUGUCUCGAUUGCGUUGGGAGCAGUGAUAUUGUGUGCCAAACGAGAGUGACUCCCGCGCCAACGCCUGCGCCCACGCCUGCGCCAACAACAGCACCCACGCCAGCACCAACGCCAGUGCCUACGCCAGCGCCAACCCCAGCGCCUACGCCAGACCCUACGCCGGCGGCUGACCACAUGGUGAAGGGGGCCUUUUGGAGCCAGGUGGGCAGGGCAUCGAUGGCGAAACCUCUGGCGAUUGGAGUGGCUAUUCGGUGUCGCUGAGCAGCGACGGCAGCCGCGUUGCCAUUGGACACGUCUUAAUUUCGGUGCUGGGUCAGAUUCUGGUCACGUUCGCGUCUUCGGGCUCUCGGGCAAGACUUGGAACCAGUUCGGGCAAGACAUCGAUGGCGAAGCCUUAGUCGAUUGGAGUGGCUGGUCGGUGUAGCUGAGCAGGGACGGCAGUCGCGUGGCCAUUGGAGCAUGUCUCAGUGCUGGGUCAGAUUUUGGUCGCGUUCGCGUCUUCGGGCUCCCGGGGCAACACUUGGAGCCAGAUGGGGCAGGACAUCGAUGGCGAAGCCUGAGGCGAUGAAUGUGGCCAUACGGUGUCGCUGAGCAGCGACGGCAGCCGCGUGGCCAUUCGAGCACGUCUUAACUUCGGUGCUAGGUCAGAUUCUGGUCACGUUCGCGUCAUCAAGUUCCAGGCGACGCCCGGCCCGACGCCCAGCCCGACGCCCAGCCCGACAUCCAGUCCGACAUCCAGCCCGACAUCCAUUCCGACGCCGAGCCCGACGCCCAAUCUGAUGGCCAGCCCGACGGUCGCAGGGGUCGGCGACCCGCACCUCGUCAACACUUAUGGCCAGAAGUUCGACUUGUUUCAGGCUGGGUACUAUACGCUGAUCAACAUCCCAAGGUGGGCGCGGCAGCGGGCCAACUUCGUGCGGGCGAGGGCGGGUCGUGCUGGGGCUGGGUGCGCUGAUUUGCAUUUUACGGAGAUCAACAUCAGCGGCACGUGGGCUCACGGCCAUAUGGCGGCGGACUUUCGUUGGGUCGCCGAGGCCGUGAGGCUGGUCAAGUCACGGUGGAUGAAGUUUGACAACAAGUUCCGUGUCAAGAUCGCGCACGGUCACCGUCCAGAACGUGAUGUAUUUGAACAUCUUCGUGGAGGGGUUGGACAAGACAAAGGGUCAGGUGGGCGGCCUCCUCGGGGAGGACGACCACACGGCGUCCACCACCUUGGACAAAGGGUGCAAGAAGCUGAUGACUCUGUGAGUCGGGCGCCCCUGCAGGGUAGCUGAAUUUGGUCCUCGCAAAGACCGAGCGUAGCUUCCGCUGAUGAGGAUAGCGUGCGGCCGCCCGGGAUUGUCUCCCGCUUGUCAUUUUGCCGUGUGUUCUGCGGACGGCGUUUAGCACAACGCUGGUCAUGGAAAGGGUCGGCAUUCCUGCUCUCUCCCUUUUGUAAGUACGCCUGCAUCUACUGCGCCGUAGGCCGUAGGCAGCCGACGUGUCUCUUUCCCCCUCGCCAUUCUGGUUAUGUUCGCUUGUAUCCUCCCUCCAUCCUACCUUCCAUACUCCUCUCUUUGCCAUUGCGCUUUAUUUUGUCAGCAGCGGGGAGUCUUCAGCGGGCUACUCGGUACGCCACUCGCGCACGGGCGUGUCCGGCUGGCAAGACCGUUUUCCGUUUUUAUCUUGCGCUUGCAUGCUGAGCGCGCGUUUGGCGUAGCUCGCAGUUUGCGCCCAUUCGGCGCGUCGACUGCUUCGCCGUCUGGUAACUGACUUGCCCCCUGGUUGUCAGACAGUGCGGCAACACAAUAA